AUUUAUUCCAAUAUUACAGUUCAUACUAGGUAUUACGUAAGGUAUCAACGUGAUGCGAUGCACCGAGCGCGCGAGCGGUUGUGCGGCGCGGUGAUGGAGCACCCCGCCCUGCGCACCCCCCCGCCGGAGGAGCCCCGCUCGCCCCCGCCGCCCCCGCGCCGAACUGUGCAGUUCAAACUGCCACCGAGAUCCCCACUCAUGCCGAAAGAUUUCUACACGAUGUGGUGCAACCAUAGAAAAGAGCUGCAGCAGGCCCAGCCCAAGGUGGACGCGCGGCCCCCUCCACUGCGGCCCGCGCUGUACCUGCAGCCGCGCCGCCUGCACCACUACGCGCGGGAGGUCGAGCACAACAUGAACAACAACAAGGAGCUGCUCAAGCGCAUCAACUAUAUACAGAGGACUGGGGGUUUCGUGGACUGCCACCUGCGGAGGGGGCGCGCCGCCGGGCGAGUCAGGCUACUCGGCCGCAAGCGACAGCGGGACCUCGACGACACACGACACAGGAAUAUCCACUUCCAACAGAGAAUCAACAACGCGAGAUCUGAUCAGCCUCUAACUAAGGAACUGGAGAGAGAAUGGAAAAAAACAAAAGAGAAAUUAAUUUUAGGCGCAUCAUUGCCAUUUAUACUGUUCAAGACAGAGAAAAUCGACAAAGGUAUAAAAGACCCGAAGUUCGACCGACCGCUCGGCGUGCAUAGAAACAAGGCCAGCAUGGAAGUGUGCGUGUUGGGCGGGAGCAAGCUGGGGCGAGCGGUGGUCGAGCUGUUCUCGGACGUGGUGCCCCGCACCUGCGAGCUGUUCCUGCGCCUGCUGCGAGGUGACGCCGGCUGCGGGUACCAGGGCACCAGGAUCUUCAGAGUGGUGCCGAACUUGUACUGUCGCGGGGGUGACGUGGUGAAGGACAACGGGUUCGGGUGCUACCAGCCCCCGGGCGGGAAGGAGCUCGCCCCGGAGAACUACCAGCUGAACCACUCCGUCCCAGGUACGUUGUCGAUGGUGGUGAGCGAGGGGCAGGUAUGCGGCCAGUUCAACAUCAUAUUCAAACCCCUGCCGCAGUUCGACGGCAAACACGUCGUGUUCGGCAGAAUCGUGGGCGGUCCCCCGGCGUUGCUGGAGCGCAUUAGCGCGCUGGGCCUGCCGCUGGGCGCGACGUCGGCGCUGCUGGUGCUCGCGCGGUGCGGCUGGCACGACCGCCGCGGACGAUACCACGACGCCAAACCUAACACCUUACUCCGGAAUAAGGACCUGUUGCCGUAACGCUUCCAGUGAACGAAGGUUUUUGAAUAAUUGUUUUUUGUUUCAUAAAUUGCUUGUUUAC